AUGGGCACCCCGUUUAUAUCUAUCCUCGAACCUAGUAAACUGGACAGUUUUGAGAGAGGCAAGCCGCAUGACCAGCAGUCCGCGAAUGUUCCCAAAGUCUUUAUCGAUGCCAUGGAGGUGCGUGAGAGCGUCUUCGUCGAGGAACAAAAGGCUCCCUUGGAGAAUGAGCUCGACAGUGACGAUUCUCGGUCAUGUCACUGGGUAGUAUAUGCCAGUGUCAACAAGACGGAAGAGACAGAAGUGCGUGACCAAGACGGAAAUGUCAUUCAACCGAGGAAAAGUUCCACCCGGACAACUCCUAUUGGCACCAUCCGCCUUGUUCCCUUCCCGCACGAACCUCACCCGAGAAUAGGAGCUCAAUACUGGAAGGGCCAGUUGACCCAUGGCAAGGAACGCCAAUCCCCGAACAUCAAGUCCCUUCCUAUAACGGCAGCCACGGAUCGGCCUACGACUUUCCAUGACGGAAAAGAGCCAUAUGUGAAGCUGGGCCGACUUGCCGUGGUCAAGGAGUAUCGCGGCAACGGUUUAUCAGGACUUUUAGUCCAGACCGCCCUGUCCUGGUUGAGAUCCGACCCGUCCUUUUUCGACCCCAGUAUCACCGAGAUGGGCCUGGAGCAGAUGGGUGCGUCGAACGAGGCAGACAUACCCAAGUGGGGUGGUCUUGUCUGUGUUCACGCCCAUGAGGAGGCAGUGGAAAUGUGGGCGAGAUGGGGCUUCCAAGUAGAUGACGGCAUGGGCAAGUGGUGGGAACAAGGUAUUCCUCAUGUUGGCAUGUUCAAGAGGUUGGACAUUGGGCCUAGGAAAGUCCGCAUCUAG